AUGAAUGGCUUUGUGGCGGGGCAAUUUCGGAUCUCCAAGCCUGAGACAGGCUUCCAGCAGAAGGCUGGCAGCUACCGGGACUAUGGUGAUGGAAGUCAGUUCCAAAAGACCACGGGCCUGGCGAGGAAGCGGACGACAGGCACCGCUAUGCCUCGGGAGAAUUCGAUCCACAAGGGCUUGGUUGUUUGUACCAAAGAGUACGGCGCCUUCGUCCAGCUUGGCAAAGGUGAGAAGUUCAAGGAUGGCUUUCUACACAUCGGCUGCUUGCCAAACCCGCCUGGCGUGGAGCGUGUUGAAGUCGUGAACUCUGUGGUGCGAGAGGGUGACACCGUUUGGGUCAAAGUGCGAGAUGUGGACGAAGAGAAUGGCAAAUAUGCCUUGGACAUGAGGUUCGUGCACCAGAAGGAUGGCCAGGACUUGGAUCCUUUCAACGGCCGAGGUCGAGUGCCAAAGGAUGUGGGAUGGGUGUUCCCCAAGCAGCAGCUGAAGCACAUCCACGCGGCCAAUGCUGUGAUCUCCUCACAGCGUGAGGGCUUCGAGUUGAAGAGCGAAAUCGAAAAGCGGAAAGAGGAGGAGGAGCAGGAAGCGCUCAGAAGGAUGCAGGUGGAGUCUUCAGAUGAAAGUGAUCCUGAAGACAAGAAGCAGAAAAAGAUGAAAAAGAAGUUGGAGAAGCAGAAGCAAAAGCUGGAGAAGCUAAAGCAGAUGUCCGAGGCCAAGGCCAAGGAGAACGAUAGACAAGAUAGACCCAAAGAGGAAGAAAAGGUCAAAGAAAAAGUUUCUGAGAAAGAAGAGAAAAGAAGAGAGAAAGGGAAAGAUAAAGAAAAGGCCAAAGACAAGCCAAAGGAGGAGAAGGAGCGAAAAGAGAAGAAAGCCAAGAAGCGACAGAGAGACUCCUCAAGCUGA